AUGAGCGCCUUUGGGACGACGCUCGCGGCGCCCGCCGCGGCUGGCGGUUGGGCCCCCGCGCUGCGUCGAUGCCGCACACGGAGGGUCGGCAUCACCUCGAGGGCGGCGGCAUCGUCCUCCGGGCGUGGAGCGACGGAUGGGGAGGAAGAAGAGCCCUCAGACGAGAAACGCUUUGGCUUUGGCAGGCGCGAUGCCCUGAUUGCCUCGGCGACCGCGUGCCUGAGCACAGGACUGGGACCCGAGGGUUGGACCGCCGCUCGAGCCAGUACGGAGCUGAAUGCCAUCGCGCUGGGGGACGACGGCAUCCCGGACUACACCGUGCGCGGUCCCUACGGCGUGAGGAGGCUCCCAAAGCUGGAACACACCUGCAUAAGCUGUUUCCCUCGCUGCGUGGGAGACGCUUGUUUGGUGCAGAUUGACGCGUACGUACCGUCGGCUCCUCCCCCGCUGCCCGACACCAUGUUCCCGCUACUGGGCGAGGACGGUGCGCCGCUCAGACCCGUCGCCGGGCCCACGAGGGGCGCCCUGUCGGAGGUGAGCCGAGGCCCGUACCCUCUCGCGGUGUUCACGUCGGGGUUCCUGGUGGACUCGGAGGCGACGGCGAGCUACUGCCGACGCCUGUGCUCGUGGGGGUACGUGGUGCUGGGGUACAACAAGAGGGACGGCGUGGGCGUGGCGGGUGGUAACGCCCUGGACGACGUGGUGAGCGCCAAGAUGGUGGACGACCUGAUCGGGUGGGCGAGGACGGAUGUGCUCCUCGCGCCGCUGGUGAGGGAUGGGGGCGCGAUGGACACCGCGGACGAAACGGAUGACGAUAUCGUCACCGCACCGGCCAAGGGAGGGGUGUACCUGAUUGGUCACUCCAGGGGCGGGAAGAUAUCCAUGCUCCAGGCGUGCGGGGACGAACGUGUCCGCGCGGCGUGUCUGUUGGACCCGGUUGACAACACCGUGUACGCUCCCCUUGGCGAGGGCUUUCCGUCUGCGGUGGCCAAGAUGAGAAACACCAAAGACGGUGGACCCCCGCUGCUGGUGGUUGGGGGUAAGUACGGGGGGGACUGCGCGCCCAAGGGGAGCAACUACCUGUCCUUCCUGGAGCAGUCCAACCCAAAGAGCUGGGGGUUGGAGGUGAGGGCCGGUCACUUUCAAUUCUUGGACAGCGCCACGCUCGUGCAGCGCGCAGUUUGCGAGGAAAAUCCCGGAGUUGCGGAAGCUCAGGUUAGGGAAGUGAGCCAGGCGUUGAUGGGAGGCAGCCUUGCGACGGACGAUGAAAACGCUGGAGCAGUCAUGGGGAGAUGGUGCGUUUGA